AUGUUGGUAGCUGAAUUGGAAAGACAAGAGCCAGGAACAUUGUCUGAGGACGAUAAACGUAUAAUGGCACUUCCUCCUUCAGCAAGAUUCACUGCUCGACCUGCAGUACACCUUCGACGUUUUCCUAUGCACGAUUCUACACCGCCUGGACAAGAAUCAGUUACGCGCAGAAUCUCUUCCAGGGUUUCCAAGCCUACAGAGAGGACUAUGAUGGAUUCAAAGGGAGACAUUAUCACUAUCAAUGCAACUCAAACACCUCCGGCAGCAGCAGUUCCGCCAAAAGUCCCUCUUAAACCAAAACCGUUGUUUAUAAACUUGCUGGUACCGAUAGAUGACGCGAUUUACGACAAAUUAGCGGAAGUGUUGGCAGAACGGUGCACUCUGGAGAGCAUCGAGGAUGAACCUCUUCGUCUUGCAAUCGAAAAUAUUAGAGACAGUGGAGAAAUAAUGGUAGAAGAUUGGCCGGAGGAGCAGUAUUUCUGUCCACCUGGACUGCGGUUACGGGUCAAUGAUGACAUAGGGCGAAUAUAUCUUCGUAAGAGUGAAGUUAACGAGGUCGAUUCUCAAUAUGUUGGAAUUGCUACAAGAGCCAACAUACGGGAAGUCUCCAAGUAUGACUUGCUGAAGGGAUCUCGUGUUGUGUUUCCGGCGCCUCCGAGAUGUAUUGGAAGGAAACCGAUGCAAUACGUUCAGAUCGAUAUUCUUGUGAUGGAGGAAACCAUGUAUGGAGAGCGAUCGUACAGUCAAGCACUUUUUCUCACAGAUUUGUACUCAGGCUACACGUUUGCUCGAGCCUUGACUGAUAGCCCUGAUCUGGCUAUAAUAGUUCGUCAUGUAAUGGAUAUUUUCGGAUCAUUUGGCCCACCAGAGGUGUACCGAACAUAUUCGGCAGAGUACUCGCAUAUAAUAGCAGAUGUCAUGCUGGAUAUUGAGAGACUCUUCAAAGUGCCCAUAAAAAAUAUGGGCGUUGGGGGAGAUUUGACUCGGGAACUCGUCCGAUCUCUAUAUCGACGUGCUCAUACUGAAUUGAUGGCCACUAACCGUUGGGUGGAGGCUCUACCGUUUGCGGUUAUCGAGCAAAAUCAGCGCCCAUCCAAGUUCUUCGAUCCGAAUAGGACACCAUUCGAGAUAAUGUUUGCCCGUCACGCAUGGAGAGACGAAGCAUGUCCACCGUGGGUAGACCCAGCUUCAUCAGAAGAAAUGGAGUUGGAUCGAUCAAAGCCAGCAAAGAAGGAAAAGAAAGGUUUCUUGGACACUGGGACGGAUGACAGCGGAGCCCCUCAUCUGGAUUCAGUGAAGGAUUUGAAGAUGUACGCCAAUUCCUUAGUGAUGAGUCGAAAAAAGUUGAAACAACAGGUGCUACCGAUUUAUGUACCAGUUUACAACGAAGAUGGGAAGUUGGUCAAUCCUGGCACCGGUUAUCUAUACCAAGUUUUCGACCGUAUUUAUGUACGAAAUCCUCAUUACAAUGUCGAUUUUCGGACGUCGAGGAGUAGAAGCCAUGUAGCUCGUUAUUAUCGCGGUAUUAUUGUUGAUAUAGAUACGGACCUGGUGGACUCAAUGUACAAGGUAUUGUACUGGGAGGAUGAUCCGCAUGAUGUUGAUGCUAUGAGUGCGUCAGAAUGGCCUGCUGCUGAUGAUACCUACGAUUGUGCGUCGUCGUGGUUUGGUCCAUGGGAUGUGACUGCCUCAACUGCUCAUCUGGCCAAAUUACGCUCUGUAGCACCGGAGUUUUGUACUGAUCACAUUGCAACAAAGAGAAGAACCAUCGAUGCUCGAUGCCGAUGCGACAGUCCAAGUUGUACAGGGUUUGCGCACAUGAAAUGUCAGAGGAAGUACUCUACCGAAUGUUGUUUGAAGAGUUCUUAUGAAUGUGCUUUCCAUAAGCCAACGGAUCGCUACCAAGAGGUACACCAUUCGCCCGUAACUACCGGUAACUCAUCACAAUUCAUGUUCCAGCAUCGUCAGUCAAGAGCUCCCGAAAGAGUUGAUCCUUCCCCAGGCCAAUCUUCUCAGUGGCAAAAACGGUAA